UUAUACAUUCCUAGUUGUUCUGUACUGGGUGGCGGCGCUUUACUUCUUCACAAUGUGAACCGGUCCAUGGUAGAGAGAUACGUCUGCAUAGCAAGGCAAGGGUCGAAUUUUGUGCACAGGAUCGUGCAUUUCAGGCUCGACUAUUCGAGUUGGUAUUCGCUUGACCUCUUCAACAGUGUGUUUUGGGGAGGGAUAGCGACGGCUGUGUUUGCCUGUUCCUUCUCCUUCCUCCUCAAUAUUACGUGGAUCUUGACGAGAAAAAGUAUCCUAUGGUGGAUCCAACGCGCUGAACGUCUUUCUCGUGUACGUAAAAUGGUGGAAGCGAUGGAGAAGUACCGUGUACGGCAAAUGGAAAAUUUGCAAGCGAAGUACACUCGACGAAUGCAGAUGGUUCGCGAGAAUUAUCAUGCGCAAGUCGAACAACUUCGCCUGUCGUACAGUUCGCAAGCGGAGAAGUUCCGUGACUAUAGAGCUGCGCAAAUGGAGCACAUGUCUUCCCAUUUGGAAAACAUCAGAGACAACUACAAUCAACAAAUGCAACGUGUUAGAGAGUACGGAUCACGGCGAGCAGAACAGUUGUGGGAAAGCUACGAGCGUCAGGUAAAUCGUGUGAAGGCGUUCAGUCUACAGCAUCGUUUAAAGAUGAUGAGACAGUACAAAGUGAAGCAAAGGUACCUGAAUAGACUGCUGGAGUCAUUCCAAGACCCCGCUGUUAGCCCUGAAGCGCUGCGUCAACAAGAGCAAGAAGUACGAGCGGCACUGGAAAUGGCUGUUCCUCCUGUGUCUCCAGAAACUCAUUCAUUGCCAAUAUCGCGGACCUCAUCUUUUUACUCUCUUCCAGAGUAUGUCAUUGAUGAUGAGGGAAUACUAAGACCGAGCCCGAUUAUUGGCAGGCACACGUCGAAUAGCGUUCGAACUGGGAACAACGAGAAUCGCAAUUCGACGGGCGCGUCAAUUUUUAAUGCAAAUGAAAGCAUCGAAAGCAAACCGUCGGUCCCUGAGGUCAACAAUCUCAAAAUAAAACCGCUAGGCAGCGAGAAUGUCGUCGUCCAUAACAGUUCGUCAGGCAGUGAAAAUCUUACCACAGAGAACAAACCGUCAAGCAGCGAGAGCAAAAAGGAUGUUCUCGAUUGA